GCUGCCUUUGUGUGUUUGCAUACGGCACCUUUUCCCUUUGAUUUCACCUCAGCUGCAUGCUUCUGCGUAUCUACUAAUAUGAAUUAGGUGUGUCGACGUAGGACACCAGUACCCACAUUCAAUUCUCGAUGAGCUUUGCCAUGGAUUUACUCUUGCUGGGGACCAGUUGGGCUCAUGUUCUUUUGGCACCAUACACGAAAGUCGAAGAAAGUUUCAACUUGCACGCAACACAUGACGUUCUUAUGUAUGGAGUCGGGAGGGAUAAUUUGUACAAGUUUGACCAUAACACCUUUCCAGGCGCUGUACCGCGGACGUUCAUAGGAAGCAUGCUACUUGCAUGGCUCACUUCACCUGUCGCCUACGUAGCGAGUCAAUGGGGCCUGCUAAGCACAAAACUCGAUCUUCAGAUAGCAGUGCGUUUGGUUCUUGCUACACUGAAUGCAACAGGGUUCAUGUUGAUACGACGAGCCGUAUGUAGACGGUUUGGUCGUCCAACUGGCCUCAUGUAUGUCCUCCUGACAUGUUCGCAAUUUCAUCUGCCGUUUUGGAUGGGCCGAACAUUACCAAACAUGUUCGCGUUGUUCCCUGUCAACCUUGGAUUCUACGCGUUGUACGACAGAGCCCCGCAGUCCAAAUAUCCUACAAGAAGGAGCGUCGAUGUUGCAUUUGCUCUGCUCACCUUCACUGCCGUUGUGUUCCGCUCGGAAGUCGCACUACUACUAGCCCCUCUUGCUAUCCAAGCUCUUCUUCUUCGGCAUACCAGUUUUCUGAGAUUGAUCAUAGUUGGUUUUCUGUCUGGCAUGUUGUCCAUCGCUUUAACCGUCGCCAUCGAUUCAUACCUAUGGAACCAAUGGCCGGUGUGGCCCGAACUGUAUGGCAUAUAUUUCAAUGUCUUUCAAGGCAAGAGCUCUGAAUGGGGCACAUCACCUAUACAUGCGUAUUUCCUUUCGCACCUCCCGAAGCUUCUUCUCGGGUCCUUGCCAUUGGCUGUACUCGGUGCCGUGGUGGAUGGACGUGUUCAGGCCCUAAUACACCCCCCGUUGUUGUUUAUCGGUCUCAUCAGUAGUUUGGGUCACAAAGAAUGGCGCUUCAUUAUUUACGUUGUUCCCCUCUUCAAUAUUGCCGCCGCUCGGGGUGCUUGGUGGAUGGUAUCCCGAAGGAAAGGCGGUCUUUUCGGAAGAAUGAUGUUUCUCGCGGCUAUGGGUAUCCUUGUUCUGAAUUGUGCCAUCACUGUCGUAUCGACACGUGCGUCGAUGGCAAACUAUCCUGGUGGUUCUGCACUUGCAACAUUUGACAAUCAAUAUGCAGGCAAGCAUGCUGUGCACGUCCACAUAUCCAACCUUGCAGCCCAGACUGGAGCCUCGCUCUUCCUCCAGAGUCAUUCACCACCUUACAUCCCGUCCAUAACCGCUCUAGCAACGGGGGAUUGGGUCUACAACAAGACAGAAAGUCUGUCCCUGCGUGAUCUUACAACGUCAACGUCUUUCACUCAUCUCAUUGCCGAGUCUUCGGUAGAGUUCAUCAAGACCGGACGAUGGAAGUUGGUGGACAGCGUGCAGGGGUUCUCAAGAUGGAAGUGGAGUCUCCCGCGAGGCGGCAUCGCCAAGAUUCUGGAGGUUCCCCUUCAUCAGUGGUUGAACGUGUUGCAGAUGGAGACAAAUGAUCAGCUGUAUAUAUUAGAGAGAUCUGAGUAAGAUUGACAAAAAAAAAUGUCGCCAUGUAUAUAUCUUCUGUGCCCCGUGAGGCAAGCGAAUACUACGUGCUGGAUUUUUAAU